UACACUUGUGUUGGAAAACAUGGCUUUUAAGGUUCUUAUUCUGGCAGCGUUAGUGGUCGCCGUGACUGCUGACCACCACGCGUUCUCCUCGCAGCACGUGCACAAACACGACGGACACCACGAGCUCGUGUCGCAUGGACACGGGCACCAUCAUGAUUAUUAUACUCACCCAAAAUACGAGUUUGAGUACAAAGUUGAAGACCACCACACAAAAGACCAUAAGACCCAGCACGAGGCCCGCGACGGCGAUCAUGUGACGGGAUUCUACUCACUACAUGACCCAGACGGUUCAGAGAGACACGUGCACUACCACGGCGAUAAACACUCUGGGUAA